AUGCUGGCCCUGCUGCUCUUCAUCCUCGCCAUCCACUCAGCGAUGGCCGAGAAAUAUUGGCACGGCAACGCCAUUGACAUGAUGCGCCCGCCCGUUCAGAUCCGAGACCCGGCGAAGACCGCCGAUGUCAUGUUUCGCAUCAUCGUCUCGGGGACCGUUAUUGGGCUGUUCUGCCUGGUCGUUUACUGCAUGUCACAGUGUCGAUGGAAUUGCCGCUUCGUGGAGGUCGAAUACGUCGUGGAGGAGCAAGUCGACGACGACGCUGUUGACGUCAAGGACGUCGUGCUGUACCCGGGCUCCGAUGACGACGAUCUCGCGAAAAUACCUGUCGAGUUUGGCCGGCCGCUGCUGAUCAUGAUCGGGAUGGCGGCAAUGCUACAAAACCCGGCGACAAGGUCAGGCGACAAAACCUGGGAAGCAUUACUCCGCGACGAGGCCACCGUCAUGAAAACUGCCAUCAGCAAGAAGACGAUCACCCUCGACAUGGCUACCGCCUGGUGCCGUCGGAUCGCCGCCGCCGUCGCCUCGGAUACGAUGGGGCAGCUCCUUCAAGCGCUCGAAACGGUCGAGCGAUUCACCAAGGUUUCGAUAUUGUCGAGCGAUCAGCUGAUGCGGGUGAUCAUCUCCAUGUCGCUCGGCCGUCGCGCCCUGCCCGCCGUGUUCCCCCCGGACACAGACGGGUCGAUCGAACGAUUCGCUAAAUGGUGGGCCGAGCUGUUGUGCGCCCAGGGCCACAGCUACGACGACAUCCAGGCCGUCGUCACCGCAUAUACCACAGAGUUGGCCGAUGAAGUGAUCCGGGCCAUGUCAAAUGGUCUGUCGAUCGUUAGACAGGACAAGACAGCGCAGCGAAAGCACCGCAAGAAGGGCCAGAGGCAGAAGUGGAGUUGUCCGCGCUACGGAUCGUUCAAGUUCAAGCUGACCUUCGGGCACACGGCCAAAUACCCCUCCUUCACGGAUGAUGCCGAUUUGCCGAAGUGCAGCGCAUCGUGCGCGCUGAAACUGCAGUGUGGCCAUGGUUGCAAGACGAAAUAUGGCCAGCCCAGCACAAAGAUUUGCCAGGAGGCGGUCAAUCGCGAGCUGCCCGGUUGUGGCCACCCCGAGGAGAAGCGUUGCGUUGAAAGCGUUGGUGCGGUCAACUGCCUGACGUGUCUCAAGAAGAAAAAAGUGGAAGCGGAUGAAAAAGACUAUCGU